AUGAUUAGUUUUUCUUUCCUUGAUUUAUCUCCAGCUAUCGUCAACAGAGCCCUGUGGAUCAGUUUAAAGGGCUCUCGAGUCAUGGUACAAAUGUCUGCAGGCAAUCCGCAAUCCAACCAGCCAUUAAUGAACAAGAUAUUCCGCACCUACUUCUUCCCACAACUGCCACUCAGACAACGUGAUAACGCAGUCGGUGAAGAGGUGGACCAAUUCUCCUGGCACCACUACUCUAUCAGUGUCACCUUCGAUCCUGAGACUGCAGACAUCAGCGCCAGCACUCUCAUGGUGGAUGGAGAGUUAGUAGGCACCCUGGAGGCCUUUGGGGAGCCAAUUUAUGUCACUCGUCAGACCAAAGAAUUUUUCCCACAAUUCAUCACUGUGGGUACCUGUUAUGAUCCGAGCAUUCCAGCGGCACAGCAAUCCCUCAACGGAGCUCUCGCGGGUAUGACCCUCCUUCUUGGUCGUAACGAGGAUCAGAGCGUCUCCCGGUGCCUUGCGGAGUGUGGAGAAACACUUCUCAUUCCAAGAGCAAGCAGAGUAGGUCCCCUACCUCCCUACUAUCCUCAAUCCCUUCUUUGUCUUUCGAAGUGUUGCAUGAAUCCUGACAUAUUAAUUACUCUUGACUUGGAGUGUGUGACUUGA